UUUCUGCUGACAUUUCUGUGCUGAUGGACUCUGGCAUGGCUCAGCUUGACAUUUCAGUGGAAAACGGACUCUUCCUUCUGGAGUCUCCCUGCCUUCGUCCACUACCGAAGGAAUCAGAAUGUCCAGUUGAAUUCAAAACAGGAGCCAGCACCUCAGGAAAAAUGCUCUGUGUUGGAACUGUUACUCACAGCUACAGCAUUGGAGAAAUAACAUGGAUUGACACUGACCUUGCAAACACAACUCAGUUUCCUUUGAGUGAAUUUCCCCCCAUUGUUGCUCUCCAAGGAAGCUUUCAAGGGAAGCUUGACUAAAGAUGGUCUGGGACAUUACAUUGCAUACUGACGAAGAGCUCCAUGUGUGUGGGAGCUUUAUGAUGACCUGGCAAAUAUAGUGAAGACUGUGUCUGAAAAGAAGACAAUACAACCACAUGCAGUUAUAGACAGGAGACUGAAUGCUGUGAAUCAACACAUUUUGGGGGAAAAUUUCUGAGAAGCCCAGAUCAAAAGGCAAAUACAUUUUGCCAUGGUUUUAUAUUCCUGACCAGAAAUAGGUUCUAUUUUAAUGUUCUUUGUUACAAGUUCUUAGAUGGUUAAGUAUGCCAUAUUUUACUUGUGGUGAUUUAUAACAUAGAGUUAAUUUUCCAAAUCAGAAGUGUUUAUUCUUCUUUGAAAGUAUAAUGUAGAUUACAUUUUCAAACAGUAACUUGGUUAUGCGUGAUCUCAGAUGUCAUGGUUACCUCUCUCAAUUAAUUAGAAUAGAAAACCUUUAUUGUUCCACAAUAGGGAAAUUUGAGUGCGUCAGCACCAAACCAUAAGACAAUGAAAGUAUACAGAUUCAUAUUUGCCUAAAAAAGUAGAAAACUUACCCAAACUAAAAGCUAUAAGAAACAAAGUGCAAAAAACAAUCACAAAAAGGCUGAAUAGGAUUUACAGUAAAAGAGAGGAAAAAUACAAUACUGUGCAGUUAUUAGUAAGGUAUAGGUUAUAUAUAUUAAAUUAGGCGUGCAGAACAGUCAGGUGACAGUGGUGACAGCAUUUAUGUAAACCCUUGAUCAGAUAAAAACUUCAAUAUUGGAAAGUAGAAAACCUAUUGUUUGUUGGAAGCAGUCAUGGUUAGCCUAUAAAGUCUAACAGCAGCUCUGAUCUGCAAAAAAGUACUUUUGUCCACUUAAGGUAAAGCUUCACUUAGGCUAAAGGACCUCUCCAUGUCUUUACUAGCUUCAUGCAUGGGAUGGGAAAUACUGUCCAACUAUGAAUAUAUUGGUCAUGUGCCCACCUCAUGCCCUGAAUAAAGUGCAAAACAAUAUAACAAGGCAUACAUUUUACAACAUCGGAUAAAAACACAAUUUAACUUGCAUGAUGAAAGAAAAACACGAAAUUAAUAACUGCUUGCUUUGAGGUGAUGAUGUUCAGCGCAGGCCAUAGACGUCAUCGAUUUAAGUUGUCAGUGAUCGCCUGAAAGAAAAUUAUAUAGCUUGUACAUAAAAGCGGCACGAACAGCAUUAAAAAGGUAGACCACUCCGGUUCAAUUUGGAGCAAAAUGGUGACCUCUGGAUGACCUAAAAAAUUAUCUUUAUUACCUCAGAAACCAGACCUGCACAAACGAAGCACUAACCAUUCUGUCUAUUUGCUGGAAUUUUUCAAGUGGGUGGGGUGUCAGCUUCACGCAGCUAUUUUUUUUUGUUGCCCAACUCUCUUCGGCCCAGUUUAUGCGCUUGGUCUAGAAUACACUACGGUGUAAAAACGCAAAUGCGCCUCUUAUGGUCACAGAAUGUGGUGUAACACUUGCACCAAGAGCCGUUUUGUUCACCAACGAAAAAUAGUGGCAAAUACACGGAUAUCUGUCAACAAAUUGCUCAUGAUUACUGACAGGAAAAGUGCGUUCCAAACAGCAAAAUCCGCCAGUUUCUACACUAAUAGCGGAAGCUUAGUAAUGUAGCACUCCUUCAAAGUAAAGUAAAACAACAGAUUACAUGAACCACUGUUGCAUUUGAUUGAUUAGAUUGAAACAUCUAACGCCAGGGUUAGCAAUAUCCUUUUUUAAUUUUACCAGAAUAAGUUUGGUUUUCAAGUCAUACGUUUUAAUGGCCUUAAAAUAAAAUAAAACAUGUUGUGAAAAACAUUAUGGAACUAAAUAAGAAAAAAACUGUACGGAAUGGGAAUAGUUUCUGUUGCCCUUAAAUUGCAGUAUUAUUAUUUAAAAUAAAAAACGUAUUCAAACGCAUUGAUUCCAUUGACAGAAGGCUCAAGCAUUUGCCUGGAAGCCAUUAGUUUUCUCUUUCAGCCAACUUGAUCCAACGCCUCCCUUCAAUUUCACCGAAGAAGACUUCCGGUGGCUUGUCAUGGCGGUGGCAUGGUGAAUCUAACAGAAAGGGAAAAAUAUUCGGCCGCUUUGUCCUUUCCAAUACAUCCAGGCCAGAUUUUGAUGUGGAAACAAGGCUGUCCACACCGUCUCUGAACCUCGGAUUUCCCAGCAGAGCUGUGCGUGUCCCCGCUGCCGGCCAUGGCGGCUCACAAACCAGUGGAAUGGGUCCAGGCCGUGAUUACUAGAUUUGAUGAGCAGCUUCCUAUUAAGGUUGGACAUCAGAAUACACACAGCAAAGUCAGCAUAGACCACAACAAGGAAUGCUUGAUCAACAUCUCGAAGUACAAGUUCUCCCUUGUUAUCAGUGGUCUCACCACUAUUCUCAAAAAUGUCAACAACAUGCGGAUAUUUGGAGAAGCUUCUGAGAAGAAUCUUUACCUUUCUCAGCUCAUCAUCCUUGAUACAUUGGAGAAGUGCCUGGCCGGGCAAUCUAAAGACUGCUUGCGUUUAGACGAGACAAUGCUGGUUAAACAGCUGCUGCCAGAGAUAUGCCAUUUCAUCCACACAUAUCGUGAGGGUCAUCAGCAUGCUGCUGACCUGCGUGCCUCAGCUUCAGCUGUCCUGUUCUCUUUGAGCUGCAACAACUUCAAUGCUGUUUUUAGCCGCAUCUCUACCAGGCUGCAGGAGUUGACAGUGUGCUCAGAGGAUAAUGUGGAUGUUCAUGACAUCGAGCUUAUGCAGUACAUCAAUGUGGACUGUUGCAAACUGAAGAGGCUUCUGCAAGAAACAGUCUUGAAGUUCCGGGCUCUCAAGAAACCUGCCCAGCUUGCUGUCAUCAACAGUUUAGAGAAGGCAUUUUGGAACUGGGUAGAAAAUUAUCCAGACGAAUUUACUAUGCUAUACCAACGGCCUCAGACAGAUAUGGCAGAAGCUGCAGAAAAGCUGUUUGACUUGGUAGACAGUUUUGCAGAGAGUGCCAAGAGGAAGGCAGCUGUAUGGCCUCUUCUAAUAAUCCUCCUCAUACUUUGCCCAGAGAUUACACAUACAAUCUCUAAAGACACAGUGGAAGAUAGCAAGGCCAACAAGAAACUCUUUUUGGAUAAUUUGCGGAAAGCUUUAGCCGGCCAGGGAGGCAGCAAACAGCUGAUGGAGAGCGCUGCCAUUGCCUGUGUCAAGCUUUGCAAAGCUUCUACUUAUAUCAACUGGGAGGAUCACUCAACCAUUUUCCUUCUGGUCCAGUCCAUUGUCAUGGAUCUCAAGGCUCUGCUGUUUAACCCAGCAAAACCUUUCUGGAGGGGGACCGGCAGUCAGAAUGCUGACGUGGAGCUUAUGGUGGAUUGCUUUGUUUCAUGUUUCCGCAUUAAUCCCCACAACAACCAGCACUUUAAGGUCUGUUUGGCUUCUUCUUCCCCGUCAACCUUCCACUUUGUCUUGGUGAACUCAUUGCACAGAAUUAUUAUCAAUUCUCACCUAGACUGGUGGCCAAAAAUUGAUGAAGUGUACUGUUACUCUGGAGAACUUCGAUUUAUGUUCUCAGACACCCUCAACAGGGUGAUUCAAGGCACUGGCACUCAUGCUCCUCUUCGCAUGACACCGAGUCUGACGUUCAUUGGGAAGAAGACCAAAGAGAAAGCCACAGAGCAAGACACUCGAAGUUACAAGUGCCUUCUUCUCGCUUUGGUCAAGCUAAUCCAUGCCGAUCCAAAACUGAUGUUGCAUAAUCCAGUGAAGCAAGCUUCAGAGAUCCAAAGCAGUACAGCAGAACUCAUCACUGGCUUGGUACAGCUGGUUUCUUUGAACACAACUACUCAGCUCUCACAAGAAGCCAUGGAGGCUCUGUUGGUUCUGCACCAACCAGAGACCAUAGAGCUGUGGAACCCUGAUGCCCCCAUUGAGACAUUUUGGGACAUCAGUUCACAGGUGCUUUUCCUAAUCUGCUGCAAAUUAGUUGGCCAACAGAUGGUGAAUAGAACAGAAGUUCUAAAAUGGUUAAGAGAAAUCCUAAUCUGCAGGAACAAGUUUUUGCUCAAGAACAAGGAGUGCGCCACUAUUGGGGGUGGCAUUCCCAUCUGUCGGCAAGCGCAGACUAAACUUGAAGUCUGUCUCUACCUGUUCCUCUGGAGCCCAGAUACAGAGGCUGUGCUGGUGGCCAUGUCAUGUUUCCGCCAUCUGUGUGAAGAGGCAGACAUCCGCAGUGCAGCUGAUGAGGUUCCUGUCCAGACAAUCCUCCCAAACUAUGCCACUUUCAGUGAACUGGCUUCUGUGAGCACCAUGAUAGGAACAGGCCGUUCCACCUUACAAAAAAGAGUGAUGGCCUUGUUAAGAAGAAUAGAGCACCCCACACCAGGAAACAUUGAGUCUUGGGAGGAUACAUAUGCUAAGUGGGACCAGAGCACCAAACAGAUACUCAACUUCCCUAAAAAUAAGGCUGAUGAUGGACAGCAGGAGUGGAUAAACAUGACUGGCUUCCUCUGUGCUCUGGGGGGUGUAUGUCUUCAGCAGCGCCACACUCCAGGUCCUGCCACUUACAGCCCACCCAUGGGGCCACUAAGUGAACGUAAGUCCUCCAUGAUCUCAGUGGGGCCUGGUGAUAUGACCAACCCUGCACCCUCUCUCUGCCCUUUAUCUACCCCCAACGAGACACCUGUCAGCUGCUUUCUGGACCGACUGCUGGCUCUGUUGGUGUGUGGCCAUGACAGAGUGGGCCUUCAGGUCCGCACCAAUGUCAAAGAUCUACUAGGACUGGAACUUAGCCCUGCACUCUACCCCAUGCUCUUCAACAAACUGAAAAAUAGCAUUGGGAAGUUCUUUGACACCCAGGGACCGGUUCCUAUUAAUGACACGAACACCCAGUUUGUGGAGCAGACAAUAGCCAUCAUGAGAAACCUUUUGGAUAACAACGCAGAGGGCAGCUCUGAACACCUAGGACAGGCCAGCAUUGAAACCAUGAUGCUCAACUUGGUCAGGUAUGUGCGCAUCCUUGGUAAUGUGGUCCAUGCGAUUCAAAUCAAAACCAAGCUUUGCCAACUGGUUGAGGUGAUGAUGGAGAGACGAGAUGACCUGUCCUUCUGCCAGGAGAUGAAGUUCAGAAACAAGAUGGUGGAGUACUUGACAGACUGGGUAAUGGGAACUUCUAACCAAGCUUCCGAUGAUGACAUCAAGUGCCUGACAAGAGACUUGGACCAGGCCAGUAUGGAGGCUGUAGUAUCCCUUUUGGCUGGUCUACCUCUGCAGCCAGAGGAGGGUGAUGGUGUAGAGUUGAUGGAGGCCAAGUCUCAGCUCUUCCUCAAGUAUUUCACCCUGUUCAUGAACCUGCUUAAUGACUGCAGCGAAGUUGAGGAUGAGGGUCAGACAGUGGGGGGACGGAAGAGAGGAAUGUCCAGACGUCUGGCGUCUCUUCGUCAUUGUACUAUCUUGGCCAUGUCCAACUUGCUCAAUGCUAAUGUGGAUAGUGGUCUCAUGCAUUCCAUUGGUUUAGGAUAUCACAAGGAUCUUCAGACUCGUGCUACUUUCAUGGAGGUACUGACCAAGAUUUUGCAGCAGGGAACAGAGUUUGACACUUUGGCAGAGACUGUGCUGGCUGACCGCUUUGAGAGGCUGGUGGAGCUUGUUACCAUGAUGGGAGACCAAGGAGAGCUGCCCAUUGCUAUGGCACUGGCUAAUGUUGUUCCUGGGUCUCAGUGGGAUGAGUUAGCUCGAGUUCUGGUGACCCUUUUUGAUUCCCGCCACUUACUCUACCAGCUGUUGUGGAACAUGUUUUCUAAAGAGGUGGAACUGGCUGACUCCAUGCAGACUCUCUUCAGAGGGAACAGCCUCGCCAGCAAAAUAAUGACCUUCUGUUUCAAGGUAUAUGGAGCAGCAUACCUGCAGAAGUUAUUGGAGCCCUUAUUGAGGGGAGUCAUCUCAACCCCGGAACAUAUCAGUUUUGAGGUGGACCCUACUAGACUGGAACAUGGUGAAAACCUAGAGGAGAACCAGAGGAACCUGCUUCAGAUCACUGAGCGCUUCUUCCAGGCCAUAAUUGGCUCAUCCAGCGACUUUCCUCCACAACUUCGCAGUGUUUGCCAUUGUCUCUACCAGGUGGUGAGCCAGCGGUUCCCACAGAACAGCAUAGGCGCAGUGGGUAGUGCGAUGUUCCUACGCUUCAUCAACCCGGCCAUUGUGUCCCCUUAUGAGGCUGGCAUCUUGGACAAAAAACCCCUGCCCAGAGUAGAACGGGGUCUCAAGCUCAUGUCCAAGAUUCUACAGAGUAUUGCAAACCAUGUCCUGUUUACAAAAGAAGAACAUAUGAGGCCUUUUAAUGACUUUGUUAAGAGCAACUUUGAUUCUGCAAGAAGGUUUUUCUUGGACAUAGCCUCUGACUCUCCACCCAGUGACUCAGUCAACCACAGUUUGUCGUUCAUCAGUGACGGUAAUGUGUUGGCUCUCCACCGCCUGCUGUGGAACAACCAGGAGAGGAUUGGUCAGUACCUCUCCAGUAACAGAGACCACAAGGCAGUUGGCAGGCGACCUUUUGACAAGAUGGCCACCCUACUUGCCUACCUAGGACCCCCAGAACACAAGCCUGUGGCUGACACUCACUGGUCUAGUCUCAACCUGACCAGCUCCAAAUUUGAGGAGUUCAUGACCAGGCACCAGGUUCAUGAAAAGGAGGAGUUUAAAGCCUUAAAGACACUUAACAUAUUCUACCAGGCAGGCACGUCCAAGACUGGCAACCCCGUGUUCUACUAUGUGUCUCGCAGGUUCAAAACAGGCCAAAUUAAUGGUGACCUGCUCAUCUACCAUGUUCUUCUGACUCUAAAACCUUACUAUGCUAAGCCAUAUGAGAUAGUUGUAGACUUAACUCAUGUUGGACCUAGUAAUCGCUUCAAGACUGACUUUCUGUCCAAGUGGUUUGUGGUCUUUCCUGGCUUUGCUUAUGAGAAUGUGGCAGCAGUUUAUGUCUACAACUGCAACACUUGGGUGAGGGAGUACACCAAGUAUCAUGAGAGACUACUGACUGCCCUUAAGGGCAGCAAGCGUCUACAGUUUAUUGACUCUCCAGCCAAGUUGGCAGAACACAUUGAACCUGACCAACAGAAACUCCCAGCAGCCACUUUGACAUUGGAAGAAGACCUCAAAGUGUUCCACAAUGCCCUCAAGCUGGCUCACAAAGACACCAAAGUCUCAAUAAAGGUGGGUUCCACAGCAGUUCAGGUGACCUCAGCUGAGCGGACCCGUGUUCUUGGCCAACCUGUCUUUCUCAACGAUGUUUAUUACGCCUCAGAGAUUGAGGAGAUUUGCCUGGUGGAUGAGAGUCAGUUUACCCUAACCAUGGCCAACCAGGGAACACCUCUCACGUUCAUGCACCAAGAGUGUGAUGCCAUCGUCCAGUCAAUAAUUCAUAUCCGUACCCGCUGGGAGUUGUCUCAGCCUGACUCAAUUCCCCAGCACACAAAGAUUCGUCCAAAAGAUGUCCCAGGGACUCUUCUCAACAUUGCUCUGCUCAACUUGGGGAGUUCUGACCCAAGUCUCAGGUCUGCGGCAUACAAUCUCCUCUGUGCUUUGACUUGCACAUUUAACCUAAAGAUAGAGGGACAGCUGUUGGAGACAUCAGGUCUCUGCAUCCCAGCAAACAACACUCUUUUUAUUGUCUCCAUCAGCAAAACCCUUGCUGCAAAUGAGCCGCAUCUGACACUGGAGUUCUUGGAGGAAUGUAUCUCUGGCUUCAGCAAGUCCAGUAUUGAGCUCAAGCAUCUCUGCCUAGAGUACAUGACACCCUGGCUUCUAAACCUGGUUCGCUUCUGUAAACAUAAUGAUGAUGCCAAACGCCAGCGUGUCACUGCCAUCCUAGACAAACUUAUCACCAUGACAAUAAAUGAAAAGCAGAUGUAUCCCUCUAUCCAGGCUAAGAUCUGGGGCAGUUUGGGCCAAAUAACAGAUCUGCUAGAUGUGGUGUUAGACAGCUUUAUUAAGACCAGUGCCACAGGAGGCCUUGGCUCCAUCAAGGCAGAGGUCAUGGCUGAUACUGCUGUAGCUCUGGCUUCAGGGAAUGUCAAACUUGUGUCCAAUAAGGUUAUUGGACGGAUGUGUAAGAUCAUUGACAAGACAUGCCUUUCACCAACUCCUACAUUGGAACAACACCUUAUGUGGGAUGACAUUGCCAUCCUGGCCCGCUAUAUGCUCAUGCUGUCCUUUAACAACUCUCUGGAUGUUGCAGCCCACCUGCCAUACCUGUUCCACGUAGUGACACUGCUAGUAGCCACUGGUCCGCUGUCCCUCAGAGCCUCUACCCAUGGUUUGGUUAUCAACAUAAUUCACUCCCUGUGCACCUGCUCACAGCUCAGUUUCAGUGAGGAGACAAAGCAGGUUCUGAGGCUAAGCCUGACUGAGUUUUCAUUGCCAAAGUUCUAUCUGCUGUUUGGCAUCAGCAAAGUCAAGUCCGCUGCCGUCAUUGCCUUCCGCUCCAGCUACAGAGACCGCUCCUUCUCACCAGGCUCUUAUGAGAGGGAAACUUUUGCCCUGUCCUCUCUAGAGACUGUCACUGAGGCCUUACUGGAAAUUAUGGAGGCUUGUAUGAGAGACAUUCCAACCUGCAAGUGGUUAGACCAGUGGACAGAGCUUGCACAAAAAUUUGCAUUCCAGUACAACCCAUCUCUACAGCCCAGAGCACUGGUCGUCUAUGGCUGCAUCAGCAAGAGGGUGACUCAUGGGCAGAUCAAGCAGAUCAUCCGAAUCCUCAGCAAAGCCAGCCCUCUGCUCAGCAUAGACCGGGGUCUUGAGAGCUGUUUGAAGGGACCUGACAAUUACAACAGCCAAGUACUAAUUGAGGCCACUGUGAUUGCUCUAACAAAGCUGCAGCCUCUACUCAGCAAGGACUCUGCGAUGCACAAAGCUCUGUUCUGGGUGGCAGUAGCUGUGCUGCAGCUGGAUGAAGUCAACUUGUACUCUGCUGGAACUGCCCUCUUGGAGCAGAACCUACACACUCUUGACACAAUGCGCAUCUUCAAUGACAAGAGUCCAGAGGAAGUUUUCAUGGAAAUUAGACAUCCUUUAGAAUGGCACUGUAAGCAGAUGGAUCACUUUGUGGGCCUUAAUUUUAGUACCAACUUCAACUUCGCAUUAGUGGGCCACUUACUCAAAGGCUACAGACACCCAUCACCUACCACAGUGGCAAGGACAGUGAGGAUCCUGCACACGUUGUUGGCUCUAACAAGCAAACAUCUGAAAUGUGACAAGUUUGAGGUCAACACUCAGAGCGUGGCUUAUUUAGCUGCGUUGCUUACUGUUUCAGAGGAAGUUAGAAGUCGAUGCAGCCUUAAACACAGGAAGUCACUACUUAUUUCUGAACUGUCUAUGGACCCAGUACCUAUGGAGACCUACACCAGUCACAUCACCAAUCCUACCUGCAGAGCUGUGCAAGAGCCUCAGUCAUGGACAUCCCCUCAAGUUUCAGAACGCUACCUUUCUACCCAUCAUUACCCCACAAUGGGCCAGAUCAGCCCACGAACGCGCAAAUCCAUGAGCCUGGACAUGGGCCAACCAUCACAGGCCAACACAAAGAAACUUCUGGGCACCAGAAAGAGCUUUGAUCAUCUCAUAUCAGACUCUAAAGCACCAAAAAGAUCAGAGAUGGAGUCUGGGAUGACGACCCCUCCAAAGAUGAGACGUGUAGCAGAGAAUGACUAUGAGAUCGAGACACAAAGAAUGGGAAAUUCUCACCUUCGAAAGGUGUCUGUAUCGGAGUCUAAUGUUCUGCUGGAUGAGGAGGUGCUGACUGACCCAAAAAUUCAGGCUCUUCUGCUUACUGUGCUGGCCACCCAGGUCAAAUACACCACAGAUGACUUUGACCAGCGGAUUUUGUACGAGUACUUAGCUGAAGCUAGUGUUGUGUUUCCAAAGAUAUUUCCAGUUGUCUAUAACUUAUUGGACUCCAAGAUCAACACUGUACUGUCCAUGUGCCAAGACAUCAACCUCCUGAACCCUGUCCAUGGCAUUGUGCAGAGUGUGGUGUACCAUGAAGAGUCCCCUCCACAGUUUCAGCCUUCAUAUUUACAAAGCUUUGGCUUCAAUGGACUCUGGAGAUUUGCUGGACCUUUUUCUAAGCAAACACAGAUCCCAGACUAUGCUGAACUGAUUGUCAAGUUUCUGGAAGCAUUGAUUGACAGUUACCUGCCAGCAGCUGAUGAAGAGAGAGGAGAGGAGCAACUACGAACUCCCACAUCCCCGUAUCCCCCUAGCAGCCAAAGCCAGCUGAGCAUCACUGCCAACCUGAACCUAUCAAACUCCAUGACCUCACUGGCCACAUCACAGCACUCACCAGGUGUUGAUAAGGAGAAUGUCCAGCUGUCCCCCAGCUCAGCUCUGUCCAGUGGAGGACGCACUCGCCAUGGGUCAGCAAGUCAGGUGCAGAAGCAGCGCAGUGCUGGCAGCUUUAAGAGACCCAGCAUCAAGAAAAUUGUCUGACUGCCCCUGCAGCUUGAGCUGCAUGGCUUGAUGCUGCCGCUCUCUGUUUUCUCUCCAAGUUUCUCCUUGUUCUUCAUCCUUGUUACACUGGCAAAACAAGUGGUUUGGGAUUUUGAAUGAAGGUAUUUUACCAAGGGCAAACUGAACAGUUCCACUGGAGUAUUUUCUCUUUAUUUAAUUUCAGACAACAAGAGGUAUUGGAGAAGCUUCUGAUCUGCACUAGGUUUUGUGUGAAAGCUUUUCCUCACUGCACGGAAGUGAUGAUAGGGACACUUCAUUAUCGAAUUGAAGCUAAAAUACAGUGACAUACAGUUGAACUCCACAGGCCUCAGUCAGUCAGAUAUACAGUAUGAGAGCAGUGCUGUGUGAUUGGACCAACACAAUCUGCUUGGACAUAUCAGUUGCUCUCUCUCUUUCCUGUACAUAUUUAAAUUAGACUGAUGAUAAACAAUUUGCCGUUUUCUCCAUGGUGUGCCUUUGUAUGGGUUUCUCUAUAUGUACAAUUUGUAAAGUAAGAGUCAAACCUUGCUGUAGACAAUAAACAGGUACUAAUUAUGAAGAAAGGCUAUUCAUAUCAACAUAUGUUGAACUAAACUGUCAUGAUCUGCCUGCAGUGAUGGUCAGAUAACAGCUGACCCUGAUGCCUGACACUAUUCACUCUGUAGAAGUAGAUAAUGCUGCACAAAUCUUCCUGUACUCAAAACACUUUCCAAAAAUAGCUUUUUUUACCACUUUCAUCAUAAAUAUUACAGAACACUAUGAAAAAAACAAUCAUGUAAAUACGUGCAAACAUUUUGAUUUCAUUGCUUUUCUGUUUAAUCAAUGAUUCAUGUUUUAGCAGCAAAACGUUCUAUUUAUGACUUGUGUAAAGGGCAAUAAUCUGUAGCUCUCCAAAGGUUUUUUCCUGCUUAUAGCAACAGUGCACAUGGCUCACCAGGAAACAGUUUGCGUUCACAUCUCAUACAGCUGUAAAACUCCCAGGAGGGGUGUUAUUGGACCACUGUUGCUCACUCUUAGUAAUCAUGGAGACUAGCCAGGCAAAAACAGCAAAGCAUGUUAAAAGGGAACUUAAAAAUGUAUUUGUGUUCCACCUUAGUAUACCACCCCUUCCCACAGUUGCUCCAAGCUGUCUUACCGAGUGGUGGAAUUUGUGUCAGAACAUUUUGCUGCUCUUCACUGUUUUCAGAUACAUGAGAAAUAUCUUUAAUAUUUAACUUUUAGCUCAUUACUUGUAACAUAUUACCACAGAAUGUUCAGUGUUCUCGAAUGGUUUCAUCUUGUCUUUGAGAUGUGUUUGUACCAGCCCAGGCAACUCAGAUUUUCUAUUCAAUUCAGUUCAUUGUGUUUUACCUAGCAUCAGGUAGCUGCUGUCCUACAUCAUAAUAAAAGAGAUUUCAAUGCAUGCAUGAGUUAAGGCAGCGAUUUAAAAUUAAAAAUGCAUAGAACCGAGAACAGUACCAUGACAAAUUUACCAGCAUGUUCAGGUUGAACGGCUGUGUUGGGGAAAAUGGAAGAAGCUAUUCCUUGUGGUCCUGUCAGCAUGAAGAUUGGCAGUGAGCUCCUUUAGGGGUGCUAGGUGAAUAUGUUGCCCUGUAACAUGUAUAAUGAAAUGCAUCAAUCUACCAUAAUGUGUGUGUUAAAAGAUUGAAGUGUUAUUGGUGAAAUGCUGCUUAAAACAAAUUCCCACUAUUUUCAUUUUAUACAAACAGCUAUUGGUCUCUGGUGCUUCUAGAUGAUUACGAAUACAUUUAACAGCCAAUAUAUGCAUUUGGUUUAGUCUGAGUUUCUUGCUCUACUGCUGUCAGUCAUCAGUGCAUGCAGUUCCAGGGCCCACAGAUACAUUAUUCCAAUCACUAUGUGUUUUAUGUGAGUAGGACCGAAACAGUCAGAAACAAAGAACACUGAGUGAAUUGGUUGUUUAAAGACCAGGUGUUGACUUGCUGGACAGAAAUAGUUGCCAUGAGGAAAUUAAAGAAAAGGCUGCAGACAUCCAGCUGUGAGGUCCUGCAUGUGCUGUGUUAGGAUGAAUCUGUGAUGAAACCUACCAUGUGAUGCUGGCAGUAAACAUUUCCAGGUGUGUCACACUCAAACCCAGACAAGUAGCUUUUCUCUUUAAAUGCUUACUGAUGCACUGAACGUACUGAUGACUGGAAGUGUUUCAGACUCCCUUGUGCUUCUUAAUGACUGAGCAACAGACAAAGUCCCUCUCCUUAUGAACACAAACGUGCCCAGCACUAAAAUAAAUUUGAGCAUUGAUUCGCCUGUACGUUGUUCAAUUGCAGUUUCAGGAUCUGUUCCACAGUGGGUUGUAGGAAGUGGCUGUGAUCACCUUGGUGGAAGAAUUAUUGGAGGUCACAACUGAAACUUAAGAGAUUCAUGUUUAGCAGAGGAAGAUGGCAAAAUCCCCCCCCCCCAGACUUAUGUUAAAAGAACAAUGUCCAUAUUCUCAGCUGCCCGCUUUUCACUUUUAACAUACUUGAAGCUUCACUCCCUGAUUUCUUCCUGAAACAUGUGCAACAUGUACAUGUGAUGUAUCCAGAACCUAUGAAACGGGCAGAAGACUUGCACUAAGUUUAAAUGGGUCAUGACUUUGUAAAGAUAAAAACCUCAAAAUGUGGCAUGUUCUUUUGAUGUUAUGCGAAAUCUAAUGUCUUGAGUAUGGUCUGAAUAGUCUGAGUUUUGUUUUUAAUGCAGUAUGUGUGACAAUUGUAAAGAUUUUGUGUACAAUUUGAGAUUAUAUAUUUACUACACUGUACAUACCUGUGAUACUGUAUUAUUUUGUUUUUGUAAAGCAGGUAGUUUCUGUAUCAUAAUACAUAUAUUACAGUGUUAGUAAUAAAAAGUUCUGAUAGUG